UAAAUCAAAAUGGGAAAGGAAAAGAUCCACAUCAACAUCGUGGUCAUUGGCCACGUCGACUCCGGCAAGUCCACCACCACCGGACAUUUGAUCUACAAAUGUGGAGGAAUCGACAAGAGAACCAUCGAGAAGUUCGAGAAGGAAGCCGCCGAGAUGGGCAAGAGUUCCUUCAAGUACGCCUGGGUGCUGGACAAACUGAAAGCCGAGCGUGAGCGUGGUAUCACCAUCGACAUCGCUCUGUGGAAGUUUGAGACGGAAAAAUUCUACGUGACCAUCAUUGAUGCCCCUGGACACAGGGACUUCAUCAAGAACAUGAUCACCGGUACCUCUCAGGCUGACUGCGCUGUGCUGAUCGUUGCUGCCGGUGUCGGUGAGUUUGAGGCCGGUAUCUCCAAAAAUGGUCAGACCCGUGAGCACGCCCUGCUGGCCUUCACCCUCGGUGUGAAGCAGCUCAUCAUUGGAGUCAACAAGAUGGACUCCACAGAGCCCCCUUACUGUGAGAGCCGUUUCGAGGAAAUCACUAAGGAAUUGAGCACCUACAUCAAGAAGGUCGGCUACAACCCGAAAGCUGUUGCCUUUGUCCCCAUCUCUGGAUGGCACGGAGACAACAUGCUGGAGCCCAGUGCGAAGAUGCCCUGGUUCAAGGGAUGGAGCAUUGAGCGUAAAGAAGGUGAUGCCACCGGAAAAACUUUGUUCAACGCUCUUGAUUCCAUCUUGACCCCAAAACGCCCAACCGACAAGCCCCUGCGUCUGCCACUGCAGGAUGUCUACAAAAUUGGAGGUAUUGGAACUGUACCCGUCGGUCGUGUUGAGACUGGUAUCCUAAAGCCUGGUACCAUCGUCACCUUCGCUCCCUGUAACCUUACCACUGAGGUGAAGUCUGUGGAGAUGCACCACGAGGCUCUGAUCGAGGCUCUGCCCGGCGACAACGUAGGCUUCAACGUGAAGAACGUGUCCAUCAAGGAUAUUCGCAGAGGAAACGUUGCCGGUGACUCCAAGAACAACCCACCAAAGGGAACCAAGGACUUCAUUGCCCAGGUCAUCGUCCUGAACCACCCUGGAGAGAUCCAUGCAGGUUACGCCCCUGUGCUUGAUUGCCACACCGCUCACAUUGCCUGCAAGUUUCAUGAGCUCAUCGAGAAGGUGGACCGUCGUUCUGGCAAGAAGAUUGAGGACAACCCAAAGCAUAUUAAAUCUGGAGACGCUGCCAUGGUCAAUAUGGUCCCUUCCAAACCCUUGUGUGUCGAGGCCUUCGCCGAUUAUCCUCCACUGGGGCGUUUUGCUGUGCGCGACAUGAGACAGACCGUGGCUGUGGGUGUCAUUAAGUCAGUCUGUAAGAGUGAUACCGCUGGAAAAGUCACCAAGGCGGCAGUAAAGGCCAAUAAAAAAUGACUUCGUGUUCAGAAGAUGGAAAAAGAAGUCACAUGUCUGCAGCCGUCCCCUCUCCACCUCAACACUGUCUUCUUUUCGAUGCUGAUUAAAGUCCAUCGCAAAAGUUUCCGCAGGAAAAGAAGGCUUGUUUCUCUUGGGAGAUAACUAUUUUAAUAACUAGGUUGGAGGCAAAAUAAUAAAAAUGUAAACCUGCAAAAUGA